AACCACUAUAUUGUUGUGUGUAUGUUCUAUACUGACACCUAGUGGCGAAUGUUGAUGUUGAAUGCGGAUAGCUAGCGACUAAAAUAACAGGAAGUGACAUACAGGAUGUGACAUACAGAAGUGUGAUUCAGGAAGUGAUCGUGCCUUCAGUGUUAGCAUCUCAGCUUACCAUCUUCACAAUCCUAUGCCUUAAAGUCCACAAACCGGCUUCAUCUUUUUACAAAUACUAUUUUCCUGCAUUAAAUCCUGCCAAGCACAACACCCCGUCUGUUCAUUGGAGAAUGAGGUGCUGGAGAAUAUAUGUUAAGCUGGCUGUAUAGCUAUAAAAACAAGAAACUUUUAGCGAGGACAGCACAGUAAAAAGAUGACCACCCACCGUGGGACUUUCAAGAGGAUUUCAAGAUAGACAAGCUACUCCGUACCUCAUCACCAUGGAGACUACAGCCAAGCCAGUAGAUGCUCCAGAUGAAUGGACAGCAAACUACUCACAAGAUGGUGUCAAAACAGGUACAGCCUCCUCACACCAUGGCUCUGUAAAAUCACGCUCUUCACGCUCAUCGACAAGCUCUAGAGUCAGCUUAGACGCAGCAAGAGCCCGAGCUAAAGCAGAAGCAGCUAAAACCAGGUUGGCCUUCACAGAAAAAGAGAGUGAACUAAAAAUUGAAAGAGCUAAGCUGGAAGCCAGAAUCGACUACAUCAAUUUACAGCGAGAAGCGGAAGCUGCUCACGCAGAAGCUGUAGUGCUGGAGAAUGCAGCAGCAGAUAUGGAUGGAUCUGAGCAUAACAAAGAACUAAAGUCCUUGCCCCUUCAAGAAAGUGCACUUAAAAGAACGCAUGAUUAUGUCAGCGAUCACGCCCUGCAUCAUUUCACACAGGCACCAACGGAGGAUAAGGAAGUCUACCCCUUACAUGCACUACUCUCACCCCAGCAGACCCAGUCCCUCACCAUCAAUAGGAGAUCGAUGUAUCAUCAAAGAGAUACACAAGAGCCUCCCACAGAAGUCUUACAGCGGAGGAAUUAUGAUCAACAGCAUAAUGCUCUCCCCUCAAAGUCACCCGCCUCAGACAACAUAAGUCAUAAUGCUACAGUAACUGAUCUUGCCAAAUUUCUUGCUAAAAAUCAGCUGGUAUCCUCAGGAUUGACACGGUUUGAUGACCUACCUGAACACUACCAAGCUUGGAGAGAGACCUUCAUCAACACAAUUGAAAACCUCGAGAUGUCAGCAAGUGAAGAGAUGGAUUUGCUGAUAAAAUGGCUGGGAAAGGAUUCCAGUGAGCAAGCGCUUAGGAUCAGGUCUGUCAACAUCAGGCGACCUUCUUUGGGUCUUCAAACAAUUUGGGAGAGAUUAAACAAAACGUAUGGCUCUCCAGAGGUCAUAGAGAGAGCUCUUUUUACUAAAAUAGAGAACUUCCCCAAGAUCCAUAACAGAGACAAUAAAAAACUCCAGGAGCUAGCAGACCUAUUAGUAGAGUUGGAUGUGGCUAAAGGAGAUGGAUACUUACCAGGGCUAGCUUACCUUGACACAACAAGAGGAGUGCAGCCUAUUGUGGAGAAACUUCCUGUCCAUCUACAAGACAGGUGGCUGUCUCAGGGAUGCAAGUACAAAAGAGAACAUUGUGUUGCCUUUCCUCCUUUCUCAUUUUUCCGAGAGUUUGUCUGCAGAGAAGCCGAAGACAGAAACGACCCGAGUUUCAACGUCCCCACUUUCGUUCCAACCUCUUACAAGAAUGAGAAGUUGACUCAUAUUAAACCGGUCUCUGUACACAAGACAAGCAUCUCAUCCCAGGACGCAACCACCAAAACAGAAGAUCUCGACAGACUGUGCCCCCUGCAUAACAAGCCCCACGCACUAAAGAAAUGCAGAGGUUUCAGGAGAAUGAUCUUAGAUGACAGGAAGAAAUACCUAAAAGAGAACAAUAUAUGUUUUCGUUGCUGUGCUUCCACAACGCAUCAGGCAAAGUUCUGCGAAACCCUCAUAAAAUGCACAGAGUGUGACAGCAACAAACAUCUCUCUGCUCUUCACCCCGGCCCUCCUCCUCAGUCCCAGCCAUGUUUCUUCCGUCCCUCAGAGAACGGCGGGGAGUGUGAGGAGACAAUGCAGCCAGAUGUCACAUCACAAUGUACCGAGGUUUGCGGUAAGGACUUUAAAGGCAAAUCCUGCUCAAAGAUCUGCAUUGUGAAUGUGUAUCCCAGUGGUCACCGUAACCUAAAGAGAAAAAUGUAUGCCAUUUUAGACGACCAAAGUAAUGCGUCCUUAGCUAGAUCUGAGUUUUAUGAAAUGUUCAACAUCAGGGGAGAAGCAGUGUCAUACACACUCAAAACCUGUGCAGGGAUGGUGGAAACAGCUGGCAGAAAAGCCUGUGGAUUUACCGUAGAAUCUAUAGAUGGAAAAAUGAACAUGGCACUACCUACACUAACCGAGUGUAAUGAAAUUCCAAAUAAUAGGGCAGAAAUCCCAACGCCAGAAGCUGCGUACCACCACCACCACCUGAGACAGAUUGCGACCGAAAUCCCUGCUCUUGAUCCGGACGCUGCUAUUUUACUACUUCUGGGUAGAGACAUUGUAAGGGCCCAUAAAGUUCGUAAACAGCACAAUGGCCCUCACGAUGCACCUUAUGCACAAAAGCUAGACCUCGGGUGGGUCAUAAUAGGGGACGUAUGCCUUGGAGGCGCCCACAAGGCUAACACAGUCAGUACCAUGAAGACUUCCAUCCUCGAAAAUGGAAGACCAACUUGCUUUACUCCAUGUGAGAAUCAGAUACGAGUGAAAGAAAUCUAUCGUAUUGAAAACAAAGGCAAGAACCCACUCCUUCACAAACCCACGCCAAGUACCUCGAUAAUACCAGAGAUGGAUAGCCUCGGGAAAGCGGUGUUCUGUACAACGGAGAAUGACAACUUGCUAGCUCAUUCCAUCGAGGAUCUAGCCUUUAUACAGAUCAUGGAACGAGAGUUGUCACAGGACGACACAAACAGCUGGGUCGCUCCGCUCCCUUUCCGUCAGCCACGAAGACGUCUCCCUAACAACAGAGACUAUGCUCACGGCCGUCUGAUGUCACUGCGACGGACGCUGCAGAAGAAACCUGGAAUGAAAGAACAUUUCACUGAAUUCAUGCAGAAAAUGCUUGACAAUAAGCAUGCAGAGCUUGCACCACCACUCAAAGAAGGGGUAGAAUGCUGGUACCUCCCUACCUUUGGCGUGUACCACCCUCAAAAGCCUGACCAGAUUCGUGUGGUAUUUGAUUCCAGUGCACAGUGUGAUGGAAUCUCACUGAAUGAUGUGUUGCUUUCUGGACCAGACCUUAACAAUAGCCUCAUUGGAGUGCUUCUCAGAUUCAGAAGAGAACCUGUUGCAGUAACAGCAGACAUACGACAAAUGUUUUACUGUUUUUCAGUGCGUGAAGAUUGCAGGGACUUUCUACGGUUCUUGUGGUUCAGGGAAAAUGAUCUCAACCAGGACGUGGUCGAGUACCGAAUGCGAGUUCAUGUUUUUGGGAACAGCCCAUCACCGGCAGUGGCGAUCUUUGCUCUGAGGCGAGCGGCAAAGCACCAAGAGGAAUGCUACGGCAGUGAUGCGAGACACUUUGUUGAGAGAGAUUUUUAUGUCGACGACGGUCUUAAAUCAUUUUCAACUGAAGCUGAGGCCAUCGAAGUCGUACGUCGCACACAGAGAAUGUUGGCUGAGUCAAACAUCAUGCUGCACAAGAUCGCCUCAAAUCGAACAGAGGUCAUGAAUGCAUUUCCAGCAGAAGAAAGAGCAAAGGAUAUCAAAGACCUCGACCUUUCCACCGACGACUUGCCUGUUCAACGGAGCCUGGGAGUCAGCUGGAAUAUAAUGUCGGACACUUUCACUUUCCAUGUUCCCGAAGGUAAAAAACCGUUCACACGUCGAGGGGUGCUGUCAACAGUGAACAGUCUGUUUGAUCCACUGGGUUUUUUGGCUCCCGUCACCAUUGAAGGCAGACUUAUACUCAGAGAGCUUUCGACUCAAGACACAGAAUGGGACACAUCGCAGAAAACAGAACUGUGCGUCUUUUCAGAUGCCUCUGUGAAAGCAAUAUCAGCAGUGGCUUACCUGAAGGUUACAAAUGAACAUGGUCACAGUGAAGUCGGCUUCGUCUUUGACUUCGGCCAGUCGUUGACGAUGACGGGCUUCUGA